UGCACGUAGUGCCGUCCUCGCGCUCACCGUUCGGUUUCUGCGGCAGUGGCGGCUGAGGGAGUAGCCGACUGGCGAGCUUACUAGGGUAUUUGACCAACUAGUGGCGCGGGCCUGUGGCCGAACCAGAGAAGGGUAGCAAGAACAACUUGGCAGCAAUGUCAGCAGAAGUAGAGACUUCUGAAGGGGUAGAUGAGUCUGAGAGAAAGAACCCUGUGGCCCCAGACAAGGAAAACUGUGUCAGAAUGCCUGACCUAUCCGAGCUCCUGAAGGAAGGGACCAAGGAAGCACAUGACCGGGCAGAAAACACCCAGUUUGUCAAGGACUUCUUGAAAGGCAACAUUAAGAAGGAACUAUUUAAGCUGGCCACAACUGCACUUUACUUCACAUACUCGGCCCUUGAGGAGGAAAUGGACCGAAACAAGGACCACUCAGCUUUUGCCCCCUUGUACUUCCCUAUGGAGCUGCACCGGAAGGAGGCACUGACGAAGGACAUGGAAUAUUUCUUUGGUGAAAACUGGGAGCAGCAGGUGAUGUGCUCUGAGGCUACCCAGAAGUAUGUGGAACGGAUCCACUACGUGGGUCAAAAUGAGCCAGAGUUGCUUGUGGCCCAUGCAUAUACCCGCUAUAUGGGAGACCUUUCAGGGGGACAGGUGCUAAAGAAAGUGGCCCAGCGGGCCCUAAAGCUCCCCAGCACAGGGGAAGGGACCCAGUUCUACCAGUUUGAGAAUGUGGACAAUGCCCAGCAGUUCAAGCAGUUCUACCGGGCCAGGAUGAAUGCCCUGGAUCUGAGCCUGAAGACCAAAGAGAGGAUCGUGGAGGAAGCUAACAAGGCCUUUGAGUACAACAUGCAGAUAUUCGAUGAACUGGACCAGGCUGGCUCCAUGCUGGCCAGAGACACCCUGGAAGAUGGCUUCCCUGUACAUGAUGGGAAGGGAGACAUCCGUAAAUGCCCCUUCUAUACUGCUCAACAAGACAAAGGUGCCCUGGGAGGCAACAGGUGCCCUUUCCGGACAGCCAUGAGUGUACUGAGGAAGCCCAGCCUCCAGUUAAUUCUGGCUGCCAGUGUGGCCCUGGCUGCUGGACUCUUUGCCUGGUACUACAUGUGAAGGACCUGUCAUUGCCAUGCUGGCACCCUCCUCCCAAGUGACCAUUUUGCCCGUCCCUACCUCCACUUCUUGACUACCACCUCAGGUGACUUUUUAAAAUGCUGGGCUUGAAAAAAAAAGCAACCAAUAAAAAAGCCAGAUGCUAGA